AUGAGAGCAUUAGCGUACUUCGGAAAAAAUGAUAUUAAAUUCACAAACGAUCUACCAGAACCAAAGAUAACAGCACCAGACGAACUAAUAAUCGACAUCUCAUGGUGUGGUAUCUGUGGUACAGAUCUACAUGAAUUCCAAGAUGGACCCAUCUUCUUCCCAGAAAAUGGUUGUUGUCAUGAAAUUUCAGGUGAAGGUUUACCACAAGCAAUGGGUCAUGAAAUAGCGGGUAUAGUCUCAGAAAUCGGUCCCAAGGUAAAAAAAUUCCAAGUAGGUGAUCGUGUCGUUGUGGAACCAACUGGUACAUGUAAAGAUAGAUAUCGUUGGCCAGAUGCCCCCAAUGCAAAUCAAGAGGAAUGUGCAGCUUGUAAAAAAGGCCUUUAUAAUAUUUGUUCCAAUCUGGGGUUAGUAGGUUGUGGUGUACAAAGUGGUGGCUUCGCGGAAAGAAUGGUUAUGAAUGAGGCAAAAUGUUAUAAGAUCCCAGAACAUUUAACUAUGGAUGUUGCAGCUUUGAUUCAACCGAUUGCUGUUUCAUGGCAUGCGGUUAGAGUUUCUAAAUUUAAACCUGGUUCUUCAGUAUUGAUUAUUGGUGGUGGACCAAUUGGAUUAGGUACGAUUUUAGCUUUGAAUGGUCAUGGUGUCACUGAAGUGGUGGUAUCUGAACCAGCUAAGAUUAGAAGGGAUCUUGCUGAAAAAAUGGGCGCUGUAGUCUAUGAUCCUAUGACUAGAGAUCAUGAUGAAUCUAUUAAAUAUUUAAGAUCUAUUGCUCCAGGUGGUGAUGGUUUCGAUUACACUUUUGAUUGUUCUGGUAAUCCAGCUACUUUAAAAGCUGCUAUUGAAUGUCUGACAUUUAGAGGUACUGCAGUUAACGUUGCCAUUUGGGGUAAAAACCCUGUUAGUUUCUUACCAAUGGAUCUAACUCAUCAAGAAAAAAGUUAUACAGGUUCCAUGUGUUACACUUAUCAUGAUUUUGAAGCUGUUAUUAAAGCCUUUGAAGAAAGAAGAAUUGAUGAGGAAAAGGCAAAACAUAUGAUAACAGGUCGUGUUCCAAUUGAAAAUGGGGUUAAAGAUGCUAUCUUGAGAUUAAUAACGCAUAAAGAACAAACCAUUAAAAUUAUUUUAACUCCAAAUAAUAAUAACGAAUUAGGCGAUGAGCCCGAACAAAAAAAAAAAAGUCAAUUAAUAAAAUCUAAGUUGUAA